AUGACCCUGCGAUGCCGUGUCAUUGGAGGCUGCCAGGGACGUACGGUGCUUAUCAUCGGGGCUACGACUGCUAGUGGGAGGUGUGCGGCGAUCGUGGCGUGCUCUCUGGGUGCCACUCGCAUCAUCGGUAUGUCGCGCAAUGAAGAAACUCUCGCUGCCGUGGAGGGGCUCGAUGAUCGUGUCGUCCUUCGAGAGCAUUUUGCCCUUCCCCCGAGUGUGGGGCCGGUCCAUAUCAUACUGGACUACAUUGGUAAUGGUCCUGCAGCUUCGGGCAUUCUGCAGACAGCUCAGAGUGCGUAUGGGGAAAACCUGCAGCCUCUUUGCAUUCUGGGCACUGGAAUUGGGUGUUUUACGGUGGAGGAUUGGAGGAAGGAACUGCCGGAAAUUAUGAAGAUGAUUUCCCAUAUGCAUAUCCCAUUCACCAUUUUCACUGCUCCUCUGAGUCAGGUUGCGUCUGCAUGGGAAUCCGAAGACACUUUGACCAAGAGAUUAGUUUUGAUGCCUGGUGCUUGA